ACCUUUCAAUAGUCCGCUGGCUGCCGGCUGUAAAGAACUUGCAUAAAACAAUCACAUGCAAAAUCCCCGGUGCAGUAUUCUCUCGUACAGCUUGAACCAAAUACAAAUUAAUAUUAUAAGCCCUCUACAAACCUCCUUGCUACGCGCUAAGCCUAAUCCAAAUCGUACAGUGCAUCCCUAGAACCCAUCCAGCUAAUAUCUCCAAUUUUUUUUUUUUAUUGUAUUAGCGUCUACACGUCCAAAAGUCUUUACGGUCUUGCAUAUGAACUUAAAUACUCCACUAUGAUGCUACCACUAAGAAUAAUCCGGUCGCGACUGCUUCGCACCAAGGAGAUAACAUUACCGCUCUUACGGCCGCAGGCCAGGAGUUCCUCCUACUCAACAAAAGGCUCUUCGUCAUCACCCAGCUCCCUAAGAAGAAUCGUGACAAUUAUUGGUGUAGCGGGUGUCAGUACGCCAUGUCUUUGGUGGCUUAUGUCCGGUACCCAAGUCCAGGGUGACAGUAACGACAAUGUGCCAUCUCUAGAUGAAGGCACACCACCCGAACAAGGACAACUAGGCACUGAAUACGACCUCACGAGCAGACUUUCCAAAGAACAGGUAACCAAACUCAUCUCACAAGACGCAUACUCGUUUCUGGUCAAGAAUGUUGCCGGUGUGAACCGGUAUGAUGGUGCCCAGGUAGCUUCGAAUAGCCCCUGCGAGGAUCGGUAUGCGCAUGGGAAAGUUCCCUCACCGUUUCCGCUGGGUAAUUAUGAUGAUGGUGGUGGUGGUGGUGGGGAUCAGCAGUGGAUGGCGUGGGCGGUUUUCGAUGGCCAUUCAGGCUGGCAGACGGCAGAUCUAUUGGAGAGGCAGCUCUUGCCUUUUGUGCGGCGCAGGCUUGAGCAAGCUCAGUUGGACUCCGGCAUAGGGUCUGAUGAGGUUGUUCAGGAGGCUGUUAAGCAGGGGUUCACGGACCUCGAUGCGUCUAUCUUCGGGACAGCUCUAGAUACAGCUCAGAGCAGUAGAGUUCCUCUACAAGAGAAGGUGGAGAGGCUUCUUCCUGCUUAUGCGGGCUCGUGUGCUUUAUUAUCGCUAUACGAUCCAGCUACUAGGAACUUGCAUGUUGCAUGUACUGGGGAUUCGAGAGCGGUUCUUGCUCAACAGUUGCCAGAUGGCAGCUGGGAGACGAUACCCUUGUCGAUUGAUCAGACUGGCAGUAACGACGAAGAAACCGCCAGAAUCUGCAAGGAGCACCCCGGUGAAAAAGAUAUCGUCAAGGAUGGACGGGUGUUAGGGAUGAUGGUCUCACGGGCUUUUGGCGAUGGACAGUGGAAGUGGCCGUUGGAAGUGCAAAGGGAUAUGAAACGCAGAUUCCACGGUCCAGGACUCUUGCCGCCAAGGUACGAUGUCCGCACGCCGCCAUACCUGCCUGCUGAGCCGGUUGUGACAAGUACGAGGAUUGAUCCCAGCAGGCCCUCGUUUUUGAUCAUGGCAACGGAUGGACUGUGGGAUAUGCUCUCCAGUCAACAGGCUGUUGAUCUUGUAGGAAAGUGGCUGGUAUCUUCACGGAAAGAAUUGGAUCAUACCCACGGACAGUUUGACUUUGGGCACUUUCGGAAUGGCGUAAACUGGGAAUCUAUCGAGGAGAGAGCAACAGUGCAGGAUGAAAACGCCGCUGUCCAUCUGGUCCGCAACUCACUGGGAGGUAAUCAUCACGAGUUGGUCUCAGGCAAGCUGGCUUUUACUCCUCCACACUCACGGCGUCUGAGGGAUGAUAUAACGGUCCAGGUUGUUUUCUUUGAUGGCACAGAUCCAGAGAAGAGAAGUAGUUGAGGUUGUACCAUGGGAACUGCUCACAAGCCAGAGCAACCAACAAGCCCAAACAUUGAAAGACAAUCAGAAUGAUUGGUCU